GUGCCUCGAUAGUGUCACCAAUAGUUGUGAAAUAAAUUCCGCGUUUUGAAAAAGUGGCGUCGCUUGGCUGGUGAAAAAUUUUCUCGCUUUCAAUUACAAAACAAAAACAUAAUUUUAAAGAAAUGGAUCGCAUUCUCCAAAUGGGCAAACGCCGCAAUUCGAAAGAAACAUGCGAUUGCAGCUCAUCGGAAUCGGAAAAGAGCUCUGCGGCUACAACAUCUAGCCAUAAAUUGAAAAAGAAAACAAAAAUAUCUGAUGUGUGGAAUUACUUUAAAAGAUCAGAUGAUAAAAAAUUUGCGAAGUGCUUAAAUUGUGAAAAGGAGUACAAGACAAGCGGAAAUACGUCCAACUUGCGGGAUCACCUGAAACGGUUUCAUCCUAGUUUAAGGGACGAUGAAAGGAACUCCGCUAAUUAUGGAGAUCAGGGCGACAGCAUAUUAUCCACCAGCAGCAGCUGCCGAUCAAGUAUGAGAUCUUUAGAUUCAUACAUUAAAAACUCUGUCCUGUACGAUUCCAACUCAUCGCGAAAAAAAAUUAUUGAUAAAACUUUAGCGGAGAUGGUUGCCUUGGACGUACAACCGUAUAGCAUAAUAGAGGAUUGUGGAUUCAUCAAGUACAGCAAAAUUAUGGAUGCCAGGUACAAGCUGCCAAGUCGCCGUCAUUUACAAAGUGUGCUGAUGAUGGAUUUAUUUAAAGAAACUUCGGCAAAGCUUUCAACCAUUCUAGAAGAAGUUUCUAGUGUUGCUGUUACGUGUGACAUAUGGUCGUCACGUGCCAACAUAAGUUUUUUAACAGUGAUUAGCCACUUUAUUCAUGAGUUCACUCUUAAAACAGCUUCAUUGGCAACAAGAAAGCUAUUGGAUGCCACGAACCAUUCAGCUCAAAAUAUUGCGAAUACUUUGCAAGAAGUUUUAAAUUCUUGGGGUUUGUUUGACAAAACUGAGUGUAUUGUCACGGACAAUGCCAGCUCCAUGAUCAAAGCUUGCGAGCUGUUAAAGAUUCGUAACAUUCCCUGCUUUGCUCACACGUUAAAUUUGGUUGUUCAAGACGGUCUAAAUUUCGACGAUGACGAAAAAACAAUGGCAAUAAUUUCAAAAUGUAAAGCAAUUGUAAAAUUUUUCAAAAAAAGCACUAUUGCUAAUGAAAAGUUUAAGAUGGCGCAAGAAAAGUUUGGGUAUUCACUUUUACAAGAAACUCCAACUAGAUGGAACUAGUUUCUAGUUUCUAGAGCUAGUUUCUUUUAUAUGAUUCAACGAAUACUGGCGACCCAUGAUGAAAUUGCAGUAGUACUAUUGUCUACAUCCAAUGCACCACUCCCAUUUCAAGCGGAGGAAAUUGAUGUUUUGAAGGACAUGGAAAAAAUUCUUACAGUAUUUGAAGAAGUUAGCAAAAGAAUAUCUGGUGGGAAAUAUGCUACGAUUUCGCUUAUAAUUCCCUUAACAGAUGUACUUAUUCGUAAAACGCAUACUAUUUCUUCGGAUGUGCACACUGAAGUUGGACAAAAAAUUGUCACUGUUUUAUUAGAUUCAAUCGUAAAACGUUUAUCGCCAUAUGAAAAAAAAACUGCGACGAGAAUGGCGACAAUUUUAGAUCCCCGAUUUAAAAAGAUUGGGUUUCAACAUAUGUCAAAUGCCGAACAAGCUGCACAUUGUUUCGAAAACGAGUUGACGGCUUUAAUGAACAAAGAUAGUUCAAAUGACACAAAUGUGGAACCCAUCUCAACAAAUAAGGACCCGCUUUUCGACUACAUUGGGAACAAAGCCCGUUCCAUGGCUAGAAACACGCGAUCGGAUGCUAUCAUUGCGAAGAGGCAGUAUUUGGAAAGGCCCUUAAGCCAACAAGAUGUUGAUCCCCUAUUAUGGAUGAAAGUUAACCAGACGGACUUUCCUGCAAUAAAAACGUUGAUGUUAAAAUACUUUUGCAUUCCGGCCACUUCUGUCCAGUCAGAGCGUGUAUUCAGCAAGGCAGGGCAAAUAGUAUCAGACCGCAGAACACGUCUAAAGGAGGAGAAUGUGAACAUUUUGUUAUUUUUAAACCAAAAUCUUUGGCUUACUUCCUCGGAAACCACCGAAUAAGCGACGUAAAACAUAUAUAUGUACAUACAGUCAGUCACAAAAGUAUUCGUCUCUAGGGUUCCCCUGCAUUUAUGCACGUUUUUGCAGGAUAUGCAAUAAUAAAUUCAAUCGUUUUUUCACAGAAUGGGGAAAAUAAAA